AUGAACAGCUCAUCCACUUCAACCCUAGAUAGUCAUGCACCGAAAAAGACUACAUCGAUAAAGUCUCUUCCAUCACUACAACCACGACAAGUAACCCUAGCCCAAAAUCAAACUCAACAUUUGCAACGGAACAGUCCCCAAAGACAACGACAACAUUCCUUGUCAGGGAUUCAGCCACAGUCACCAAUGCAUAAAUCCAGUCGUGGAGAAUUUGAGCGAGAGAGGGGUACAACGUUAUCAUCUAUGAAUAUACCCAUUCAAUCGGUAGAUAGAAGUCAAAAUAAGCCAAGGGUUCAACCGGACCUUGAAAUUGAUACAAAAUUGCGAUCAGAACAAUUGAGGAUACGUAGUGCUACAUUACCUAAUAAACCAUCUUUACGACCUUCACCUUCAUUCGCAUCCAACGAAUCAAAUGCCGAGAGUCCAACUUGGUUGUUGAGUGAUUUACUUUCGAAUUUAAGUUCUCUUAAGGAUAAAGAUGAAUAUUCAGUAGUUCAGAAAUCAAAUGACUUGGUAUCAUUGUUUCAAACGUAUCCAAACUUGAAAGAGGAAGUGCAGAUAAGAACAGUACUACCAAGAAUACAGUUUAUGUUGUACCACUCAGUUCCGGAAGUGAGAUCGUCAUGCUAUCGAAUAUUGCGGUAUUUAAUUGUCAAUUAUGAUAGUCUAAUUUUGUUAGGACAACUGAAACUACUUAUAUUCAUCAUCACAAGUCUAGCUAAUGAUCAGUAUAAAUCAUCAUUGAUAGAAAUGACUCAAGCAUUGAAAUUGAUACGGCAGUAUUUGACUAUAGCUAAGGGUGCAGAUUUGUUAUCUGUUGGUGUUAUAAAGGCGUUGGUUGCUAUUAUCGAAGGCGAUCUGCAUGAUCAUAAUCACACCCUACCUGCAUAUGGAUUACAUGUGGCUCCCAUCCCUGAGGGGUUCAAAAAUGCUUGUUUAGAAACCAUUUGCGAAAUUGCCCUUUUGAAGCCGGAACUUGUCUUUCAUUCAGGAGGAUUCAAAUUGAUGAUCAAUUCAAUCAUUGAAGGUUCAUUCGAAGUGGCAUCGACAUGUCUAUUAAUUAUUCUUCGAUUAUUAAGUUUUCAAAAUUCAAGGAAAUUUCUACGAAACGGAUUCGAUUUGGAUUCAUUAAUUGCAGUUUUCUCAAAUGAUGAGUAUACUGGUGAUGCAAAAUUCAAACAUGUUUCCAAUUUCAAAUUGCAAAAAAUAUCGGUGCUUAUAUCUGUGUUGUUACGUGAUUUCAAUGGAUUGAUUGCAUUUUCAAUCAAUAACUUUACUAGCAUAAAGAACCUUUUGAUUAAUUUGAGUAAAAAGAAUUCUCGUGUGCAGGAUCUUAUUCUUGAUAUCAUACUUGAUGCAUUGAGAAUCCAAGUGUUUCCAUGGUUGGAACAUUCUCCAAUUGGCGAUUUUAUCACCAAGUUUAAUCAUCAAUAUCAACAACAAAACUUAGGAAGUAAAAGAAAAUUUAUAUUUGAAUACAAGGAUAUAAAGGAGCCAUUUCCAAGAGACGUUGUCCAACAUUAUCAAGGGUUGCUCACCUAUAUAUUGGUGAGAAAUCACUUAUUUGAGAAAUUGUUGCCCAUCGUUGAAGAUGGCGGUGACAAAAACCUACAGAAAAAGGCAACUUUUCUUCUACUGAGGCUUUACUUUAUUGCCAAUAAUUAUUUGCCGAAUGAGUUGGUUCUGACAAAGUUGCAAAUACCAGGCAUAUCAGUACAUAUCUCCUUAACAAACAGCAAAAAGAGCAUAGCCGUCGAAACCAAUCAAUUCAUCAAGUCCAAAGUCAAGAGCAUCACGGCAUAUGCUAACUUAGAUGUUGAUGAUGACGAGUUCAAGGCCAUGAUCACCAACAGCAAGGUUCUCACCAUCAAAGAAUUCGAGCAUUGGAAUUGGUCAUUGCUUACUACUUUAGUACAAGGUCCAUUAACCGACUCUAAGCGAUUUGAAGAAGUGUUGGAGAAAUCACCGAAAUUUUUCAAACGAUUGGUGUCAUUUUAUCGUCCAUUUAAGUAUCGGUUUUCAUCAGUGCAUAAUAACAGAAACGCGUCCAAAUAUAUUGAUUUUGGAUGUUUAUUGUUUGAAAUGUACCUUAGUACCGAUGCUGGACUCAAGUAUCUAUCUUCAAGUAAAAUUUUACCACAAGUUGCUGAAAUAGUGGCUCAGAUUGAUCCCUGUAGUGGUAUAUCUUCAAAAGAUCCCAUAUUGAGUAAGAAGAGACUUGAAAAUACGGCGUCUGUGGGGUACUUGCGAUUUAUCGGAGUGUUGAGCAGCAGCAAUGAAGGAUUGAACCUAUUGAUCAAUUGGCAAUUGUUCACCAUGUUUACCAAUAUUAUCUCCGCAUCUAGCCAAACUGAAGUGACCAACUUAUUCAUUUUGACAUUGUUCAAGUAUGCUGAUUUUACAGUCGAACAUACACCUUUCAGAAUCUUAUUCAAGAUGGGUUUAACUGUGUCGAAUUUGAAAAUACGAAGUCAUUUGUUGAAGUAUAUCAUGCCACAAUUGUUAAACGCUUUUGAAUGUCAAGAAUUUUGCAUUGGAGCCCUUAUUGAUAACUUGUAUGAUACAAAUCAUGAUAUCGUCAUUCGAUCGAUUGAUUUGCUAUUCAAUCAUUGUCAAGGAAACAAUUUCCUAAAUCUACAAUCAAUAAUCAAGUAUCAACCAAUUGUUCAUAUCCUACAAAAGUAUGAAAUUGGACGUCGAUUUCUUGUUCAUUUCCUAAAUGAUCCCCACGGGUUUCGAUAUUUAGAAUCACAGGGCUAUCUUGAACACGAGUUCAACAAAUGGUUUCAAAUAACCGAAUUUGAAUAUGUAAAGAAAUUGGAACAGUUGGUUAGGUUUCAAUUCUACCCAUAUGUUAGCCUUGGAGCGUUCCAUGCCCGUGGUAAGACAAACUUAGAUAUUGGUGAUGUUGAGUUGUCGUCGUUGUACUUUUUCAAAUGCUUAUUAUCAACUGAAGAAGGAUUGGCAUAUUUCCAACAAGGAAUGGCACGUGAUUUUUUUGAUCAAGUCUUGUCGUCAGUGGAAAACAUAUUCAAUCAGAUAAAUAACGAUAAUGAAUUUCUUGAUAUCGAUAACCAAGAUGAAAUUCAUUGUGAUAUGUUGAACUUGUUGAAGCAAAAUUUAUGGAUUAUUGGACAAAUUGGUUCAGGAAAAUAUGGAAUUCAAUUAUUAGAUCCAUUGUACAAUAUUAAUCUCAAGUCAUCUAUAGUUGAGCUAAUUUUGAAUCAGUUUCAUCAUUGUCCAAUUUGGGAAAUUAGAGGUGUUUGUUUUUAUGUAAUUGGAAUGAUUUCAACCACGAUUGAAGGGAUUGAAAUUCUUGAUGAAUAUGGUUGGUGUUCAGUAUUGGAUCAAUAUGGAAACAGUAUGAAAUUGGCAUACCCCAAACCAACUCAAAACGAAGUAGUCGGUCAAGUUUUUGAUGAUGCAAAUUUAUUCAAUGUUGCUAUUGUCAAUCCAUAUCGAGAUGCUCAAUAUUUCAAUAUUUUCAAUAGUAUGAUUGAAGAAACAUCGAUUGAAAUUCAAUCGCCACCAAUCACAAGAACCAUUUUCCAUAAUUUACAUAAUUUGAAUUCCAUAUUGUCCAAGAUUGAAAUUAAAGCUAUACGAGAACUAAACAAGUUAAAAUUACAUUCAAGUUCCAUUUUUGAAGAUGGUGAGUUAUUUCUUGAUGUUAUUCGAUUAAUUGAUAAGGGAAACUUUGCUUUUCACAAACGUAUCUUUAUAUUCAAAUUGUUUACGGAAAAUACUCGAGUUUUGGAAUUGAUAUUGAAAAGAGAACGACGAGGAUCAUUCAAGAUGCAAAUUGCAACAACUACGACUACAUAA